CGGUUAUGGGGUAACACACACACGGAUAAGCUCGAGGCACACAACCACCCACGCCAGCAACAGCCACUUCUUGCAACAUACCGACCAGUACAGCUAAGGCAACACACCACAAAUAGUAGCAAAUCGUACUCCUUAUCGCAAAUCCCCAUGCACAAAGCCACCACACUAUGUGAUAUGCACCUGAAUCUACCCCUUAGUGCAACGCACCUCACAGAGGAGAUAAUACCCCCCAAAGCCACCAGACCAACCUUACUGUUCCCUACACCCAAUA